CUCAGUGACCCGGUGCCCCCCUGCCAGCACGGCCGUCCGGAGCUGAGACCAUCGGCCCGGAGUGGCGACACCUGGUCCUGAGCCGGGACCCCAGCCUCGGAGGCCAGACCCCAGAUCCCGAGGAGAGAUCUUCUGUCUGGAGCAGGAGCCCCGAAACAGAGCAGAGACCCUACAACAUCCCCUUGUCCAGCCCCUGGGCUUUGCAGCCAUGACUGGCAAAACCGCAACUCCAGCCAAAAAACCGGCUCCGGCAGCGGCCAAGAAAAAGGAAGGAGCAGCCCCGAAGGAAGGAGCAGCCCCGAAGGAAGGAGCAGCCCCGAAGGAAGAAGCAGCCCCGAAGGAAGAAGCAGCCCCGAAGGAAGAAGCAGCCCCAGCCCCAGCUACUGAAGAACCCGCAGCCCCUGAGCAUCCCCUGGAGCAGCCCCCAGCCCCCACAGACGAAUCCGCUCCCGUCCCCACGGAAGCUGGAGCAGAAGUGACCCCAGUGCCUGCAGAAGGUUCCCCAGCUGAACCCCCAGCCCCAGCCCCUGAACCCAAACCGGAGAAACCAAAGGAAGAGCCACCCAGCUGCCCCUUGUCCUUGGCCGUGGAAGAAGUGAGUGAAAACUCAUUCACACUGACCUGGAAAGCCCCGGAGCAGACGGGCCGGGCAGGCCUGGAUGGAUAUGUGGUGGAGAUCUGCAAAGAUGGAAGUUCAGACUGGAAGGCUGUGAACCAGGAGCCUUUUCUUUCCACCCGCUGCACAAUCCCAGAUCUCACCUCCGGGGACAAGGUGCACGUGCGGGUGGUGGCGGUCAGUGCCGGCGGAGCCAGCGUCCCGGCCACCCUGGAGCAGCCCGUGCUCAUCAGGGAGAUCCUCCAGCUGCCGAAGAUCCGCAUGCCUCGGCACCUGCGGGAGACGUACAUCAGGCGCGUUGGGGAUGCUGUGAACAUCAUGAUCCCCUUUCAGGGGAAGCCACAGCCUGAGGUGAGCUGGACCAAGGGAGGACAGCCCCUGGACACCAGCCGCAUCAACAUCCGCACCACGGCUCGGGACACCAUCUUCUACAUCCGCCAGGCCCAGCGCAGCGACUCGGGCAAGUACGAGCUCACCGUGCACAUCAACGGCGCCGAGGACAGGGCCACCCUGGACAUCCAGGUGGUUGAGCCACCCGGCCCUCCCCAGAACCUGAAGCUGGUGGAUGUGUGGGGCUUUAAUGUGGCCCUGGAGUGGAGCCCCCCCGUGGACAACGGGAACUCUGAGAUCAAGGGCUACAGGGUGCAGAAGUCAGACAAGAAGAGCGGGAAAUGGUUCACGGUGCUGGAGCGCUGCACCCGCACCAGCUGCACCAUCUCCGACCUCAUCAUUGGGAACACCUACUCCUUCCGCGUGUUCUCCGAGAACUGCUGCGGGCUCAGCGACAGCGCCGCCCUGGCCUCCGCUGCGGCCUCCAUCGAGAAGACAAAAACCACUUACCAGCCAGAGAAGGUCCCCCAGCGGGACAUGAUGGAGCCUCCAAAGUUCACGCAGCCCCUGACAGACCGGACGACCACCCGGGGCUACAGCACUCACCUCUUCUGCUCCGUCCGGGGCUUCCCCCAGCCCAAAAUCAUCUGGUUGAAAAACCAGAUGGAGAUCCGGGAAGAUCCCAAAUACAUAGCACUGAUUGAUCAGGGUGUGUGCUCCCUGGAAAUCCGCAAGCCUGGCCCUUUUGAUGGGGGUGUCUACACCUGCAAGGCUGUGAACCCGCUGGGGGAAGCCUCAGUAGACUGCAGACUGGAUGUGAAAGUGCCCAAGUGAGAACAGAUCAGAGGACAAGACGAAGAGCAAGGGCUCGGAUCUCGUUCCUUUUCCCACGUGGAGCCUGCAGGUGCCAGGCGGUGGCAGGGGGGCACUGAUCCCCUGGCCAUGGUCUCUGCUGUCCCUCCUUGCUAGAGCUUUGGGGGCUGCACCCCAGCCUGCCAUGGCAUGGCCCUCUCUGAACCUGUCGUUACCUGUGACAAUAAACCAGCUGGGAGGCUUUGGUCCUAAUAAAAGCC